AUGGUGCAGCUACUAUCGCUUGCACCCACCAGCGCCUCCCUCUCCUGUGUUCUCGCGGCCCCCCGCGCGCCUCCACGCGCACCCCUUAUUUCCGCCAAGGCAUGCCCGCGCUCGUCCCUGCUAGCCGCGCAUUCCCCCCUCAAAAGCGUCCCCUCCGCGCGAUUCUCUCCCCGGAGCGCUCGCCUGCUGCGGACGCCGCCGCACGGGCCGACUGCGGCUUCUCGCGGGGGAAGCGCGCGCGCCAGGGGGAAGGGGGACGGGGAGGCGGACCCGCGCGAGCGCGCGGAGCCGGUGGAGGCGGAGAUAGUGGGGGAAGAUGAGUGGGACCAGUGGCGCGGAAGAGGGGGGGGAAGCGGAAGCGGAAUGCGCGGGGCACAGGGGGGGUUCGAUUUGGAUGAGCGGGAGAGGAUGCGCGGAAUGGGCGCGGAGGAGCUUCCCCCUGGGUGGGAUUCCGCCGAUGUGUUUCUGUUAGAGGAGAAUGUGCCAGCAGCAGUGGACGAUACCGUAGUGCUGACAGGAGCCAUGGUGGUGGGGUGGGGAUGUCAGUCAGGGCUCCAAAGACUCUGCAGAUCCACUUUCCCUCCCUCCUACUGUCCCCCUUGCUCGCUCCCCCCCACUCCCCUCGACCCACUUUCAGGCUUGUGCCAGCCGUGGACGAUAGUGCUGACGGGAGCCAUGGUGGUGGGGAUGUCAUGGGCUGUGCUGCACUUCAUCUUCCUCACGGUCAUCGUCGCCGCUGCUAUUGGGGUCUGGUGGCUCACCUUCCUCGUCGCGUACCCCGCUGUAAGCAAACACACCUUUUCGUUAUAA